GUCGGACUGAACGGAUGCUCUGGAAAUUAAGCUGCCCGAAUUCCGUAUUUCUCGUUGCGUCGCGUUCCGGUGCGGUUGAUGUAAGCGAAGCAAUUUGUUUUGUUGUGAUACCGAUUCUUUUCCUCCGUACGCACGUUAGAUAUAUACAACGGCAUAAAAGCUAACGCAUGAUUGUUUCUUCCGCGGUUGAUCCCGGUACAUUCGUUAGCUGUGACUUAAGUGAGCGCCGCGAGGGGACCGCGAGGGGACCGCGUCACGCACGACUGCAACGUUCUGAGAAAUGUGUCGGUACACUGUGAAAAUUGGUCUGUUUGAAAAGUAUAAUCGUGUUGGAACAGAACAUUAAAUAUAUUUGCCAAGCUAUGUUCGAACAAUUAAAAUGAUGCAUUCAGAAAUUGAGUGACGAAACGUAAAACCCAAAUGUGGAAGCUCAUAGUGCCAUCAAGCAUCCCACUACUGCCAUCCUCAUUUCCCGCGAGAGGACUUUAAGCGGCCGAAUGUACUCACAUGAUUCCAUCAUCACCGGAUUUUUAUGAAUAAGAAAAACUGUAGAAAAUAAACAUCACAAGGAGGAAGGAAACGACCGCUGUAGCAACGCACGGGGCGACGACCGCGCGCCGGAGGAAAAGUGAACUGUAGAGGAUCCCUCCGAUACCUAUGUGUUUGCGAUCAACGCACAGAGGAAAGUCAAUCCGUAAAGCCAGACAGGCAAACCGAGCAGCUCACUCGGUGCUAAGUGGGAAACUGCUGUGGUGGCGUGCGGUGAGCGAAGAAAAUUAUGGCACUUACACAGUGAGUUUAUUUCGGUUGCCGCGGGGCGACAGUUUAAAGUAAAUUUCGUUCGUCGGUUCGAUCUUGGUGCGUUGCUUAGAACUUUUUUUCGUCGCAUCAUGAGUGUAUCUUUUUGCGAGUAUUGUUAGUUUAUGUAGGUACAAUUUAUAAUAAGUGUCGGCAUUCAACAAUAGCUGUAAUGAUUACUUUAGAACGAAGAAAAACGCAAAAGUUUCAACGGAAAUAGAACUUCAAGGCGACAUGGCGAGCUCGAACUCGAUGCGAUGAUUCAUACUUGGACCAUAAAAGUGAAUCGGGACGUGUGAUGUGUGGUUGACAUAUUCUUGGCUGAGAAGCGGAGAGCCGUCAUUGAAAUAAAGAAAAUGUUGUUUGAAGAAUGCUGUAUCAAAAUACAGCAUCAUUUGUGAAGUUGGGAUAUAUAGAUUGCAUUGACGCCAUUGUGUGUUGUUUGCUGCGAAGAGAAGCUCGAUGAAACGAUAGAAAUAUGCUACCGAUAAAAUGCAAGUGGAAACAGUUCAUGGUUAACGAAAACGGUUUAGAUAUAGAAUUUCAUUGUAACUAUUGGAGCAUCAUUGUUAAUGAGCUAAUCAUCGGAACUAUAAAAUCGUGAAAAAAUAUCGUAACUAUAAUGCCAAAGUUCAAAGAAACGAUUACGCCGAAUAUGGAUAAAUUAAAUGUACGCCUGCUGGUGAUAUUCACUUUCUGCCUGGUUCUUACAGUCAUUGAUGCGGUUAAGGUAUCGUUUUACGGCGCUAGUCAUAUAGCAAUGCCAUUGCAGGAAGCUAAAAUAUCCACAAACAUUCGGUUGCGGUUCCGAUCGCGACAAGACAACGCCCUUAUUCUGUUGACGGCCGGUCGGACGGACUAUUCGCUGCUAUCCAUCGACAGCGGACGGAUUCGGUUUAGCUUCAAGAUAGAUGAGUAUCACACUGAUUUAUGGUCCCCGGUAACGCUCAAGUUCAACGAUCUUCAAUGGCACGAUAUUUCCAUUUCCCGGUAUGCGGCCAACUUGACCAUGCAGAUCGAUGAGUAUUUCGCUACCAAAACGCUACCCGCCAAUGUGUCGGAACUGAAUGUCCACUUUGGGGUUUUUAUCGGUGGUGUCGGUGAAUACUCGGCCGAGUAUUUGGAAUCGUCUGAAAAUUUCAGAGGAUGUAUUGCGGAUAUCUUCUACAACAACAUUAACAUCUUCAAACGAGCCAGAGAAAGAACCGGUCACGUGACGAACGAACGAGUCUCGUGGAUCUGUGCGCCAGAGUUCGAUGCCGAUGCCCGUACAGCGAUCAGUUUUCUGGACGAUGAAAGCUACACUAGCAUACGAAAGCCGACUUCCCGAUCGGGUGAUCGGUGGAGCAUGGAAUUUCGAACGAACGAACCGUUUGGACUGUUGUUGAGUAACAUUCCUACCAACGCUCGAUAUGAUUUUAUGGCGCUGGAAAUUGUGGAAAGUCAAGUCCGGCUACUGGUCGGUAAAGGAUCGAACGCCGUAGAAUUGAUUCCUGAUCGUAACGUGUCCGAUGGCAAGUGGCACAAUGUAUCCGUAACGUACAGUCCGACGUUGGUCGAUAUAACCGUAGACGAGGUUGCAAACAGUGCUCCGUUUGCUAAUGGAAGUAGUCCAACGAUCGAACUGGACGAAGAGUUUUUUAUCGGUGGUUUUGACUAUCAGAGGAAACGAAGAGCACUUAAUAAGGGGGCUCUCGCAACCGAUUCAAGCCUUAAGGGAUGCAUCAGGAAUAUCUAUCUUGAUAAUCAUUUAGUGGGCUUCCCAAAUUUCAAGGUCACUCACGGAGUUACCGUCGAUUGCGUCUGGAGGUAUCCGUGUAUUGAAAAUAAACCAUGUAUUCCUUCCGGCCAUUGUCACCAUCAGGGAAUCAACGAUUUCAUUUGCUACUGUGAUCAAGCGUAUUGCAUUAAAGCAGACUAUUCGAAUAGUUUCAAGAUAUUCUCGCGAUCGGAUUUGGUAAUCGAAAAAGAACUUAUGUUGAUCAACCCAAUUGAGGUCGUAGAAGGAGGAAUUACCUUCUUGUCACCCAAAUACAUCGCGAUCCUGUUUGAUUAUUCAAAAGUAGGCAUUCAAGAAGCGGGUAUCAUUUUCCACAUUAUUCAACCACCCAAGCAUGGGAAAGUUACAAUCCAAUCCUUCGGAACUGAAGGCAACUCGUCUGCAACGCAAAUGAAAUUUUUCUCCCACAUUGAUUUGGCCACCGAUAAGGUUAAGUACUUCCACAACGGGGCGGAACAAUCGAACGAUCAUAUGAUGAUCGACAUGCAGCUGGUGUCGGCUACUCGAAACACUUUACCAUCCUACCUGGAAGGAAAACAUCGGUUUGUGCUGCAUGUGAAUGUAACUCCCGUGAAUGACGCCCCGAUACUGAGGCUGCCACCGAACAAACUACUUCGGGUAACCCAAGGUAUUCCGAAAAUUCUCGGUCCAGACUUUCUGCAGGCAGAGGACCCGGAUAGUCCUCCUGAUUCGUUGAUCUACACCAUCUUGAUGAGCCCCUCCUCGGAAGCUCAAUUCGGCCGUGUUGAGCUCAACGGUAGAGCAGUCGCAACAUUUUCUCAGUCGGACGUGAAUGCCGGUAUAAUUACGUAUGUGAUAAAUACUCGCGGUUCAGAGGAUGCGUCUUUUGAGCUGAAUAUACAGGUUUCCGAUGGUAUGGAAACAAGCCCCGCCAGUACGGUGAGAGUGUCCGUGCUGCCGUUGCAGCUGCGUAUGGUCAACAAUACAGGGUUGGUGCUGAUCCACAAAUCAUCGGCCUUGAUCACACCCCAUAACCUGUCGUUUGUUCCGAACUCGGAAGAAGAGAAUGUUGAUAUGAGGUUCGAUAUUGUACAAGCGCCAGCUUAUGGAAGCCUUCAGAAGUUACGCUCGGUAGACUCUUCUUGGAUAUCGGUGGAUUCGUUCACCAGUAGUCAAAUUUUGCUUGGACAAAUCCGAUAUUUGCACUCGUCUGAUUUGCCGGUGCAUGAUGAAUUCAAGUUCACCGUCACCCUGGGACCCGUAACGACUCCGACGUACGACUUCCGCAUCUCCUUCACCAAGCUUCGCAUCGGUGUGAUCCGUCAGAACAACAUGUACAUCAACACGAAGGACAACACUAUCCGAGCCGACUAUCUCCUACACCAGACCACACCGAUUCCGACCUUUGCGCGGAACAUAAUCUACACCGUGGUAAAGCCACCGAAAUUCGGUAUCAUCUACGUUGAGGGCCACCCGGAAUACGCCAAACCGGGCGAUUCGUUCACCCAGCAGGAGGUGGAUAAAAACAUUAUAAAGUACCGAACCUACCAUUCCGCUUACGGUAACUUCAUCGACUCCUUCGAAUUUAUCGUGUCUGUGCCCGAGUGCGAUGACGUGCGAGGAAAGGUCGAUUUCGUCUACAGUACGCCGGACUAUCUGGCGAAGCAAAUUAUCUACCAGAAGCGUGAGAAAAUGUUUGUCCACGAGGGUAAUAAAACCGCCCUGUCCAGGACAAAUUUCGAUGUGUUGUUUAAUAAGUUCAGCUUUCUGACGUUCAAUUUGACUCACUACCCGCAGCACGGGUCUUUGUGUAAAAUUAACCCGAGAACAUUCGAGAGUAAAGAGGUGUCCUCAUUCACCCUGCAGUACCUCUAUCUAGGUGAUAUUCACUAUUGUCACGAUGAUUCGGAAUCUUUCGAAGACAGCUUUCGACUCUUAAUACUAUCGGAUAAUGAAACAGAUUUCCAGUUCGUGUGUGAAAUUCAAGUUGAGAUUACGUUGCUGAACGAUAACGGACCUUAUCGGGUGUUCGACAAGCCCUUUCACAUCGUUAGGGAUGAAACCAAAUUGUUGACGUCGGUCGAUUUGAAGUAUGCAGAUCCAGACAUGGAAACUCGAAGCACGGAUAUUGAGUAUAGAUCAGUGAGCAGUUCGAAUGGCGAAUUGCUCAGAAACGGAAAAGCAGUUGAGUUUUUCACUCAGGAUGACUUGGACAACCGAAGACUGUUGUUUCAACAUAAUGGUACGGAUCAAGGUCGUUUGUCGUUUAUCGUCACCGAUGGUCUGUACGAGGUGCCUGGUUCUUUGGAGGUAGAAGCUUCCGAUCCGUUUCUCAAAAUUAGAGAAAGUAAUGCGUCGAUUGUUCAAGAAGGUCGAGCAGUGCUUUUAAAUUUGGAUGAUUUGAACAUUGAUACAAACUUGAAUGCCAAGCCAGAGGAGAUUCAGUAUCGAAUAUUGCAUGAACCCAGCAAUGGAUUACUGAAGCUGCUGGAUAGUCAUUUCGAUGCGAGUCUAACAUCUAAUAUGCUUGCGGCAUCCUCAACAACUGCAAUGAAUUUCACACAAGCCGAAAUCAUCGCUGAGCGAUUAGUUUAUUGGAACAGAGAUGUAGCUUCGAUGGAUAAAAUAAAAUACCGUGUCAGUACAAAGGGAGUUUGGGCCGAAGGUCAAAUUGUGAUUAGAAUCUAUCCCCCAGCCUAUUGGGAAGCACUGAGAAUUCGCCGCAAUCAGACACUGUUUGUGGAGGAGUCAACCAGCGUAAUUAUUUCUCGCGAUAUUUUAGAGAUUGUCCAUCCGAACAUUUCGCCGGGGGAUAUAACCUACCUGGUGACUACUCAGCCCCAGCACGGCUACCUUGAAAUUCAGUCCAUAACUUCGGACGAUGAGUACAACUCGAAAGUUUUCGACCAAUCGACAAUCAACUCCGAGAAGAUGUUCUACAUACAAGCGGGGGUCAACCAAUCGUCGGAUUUCUUCACCUUCGAUGUCACAAAUGGAAUCACAUGGCUUCGCGAUUUGAUGAUGAGAAUAGUAAUCAUUCCCGAGCAUUUGUAUAUUAAAACAACGCCAAUCAUUGUGGAAGAAGGAAAAAGCACAAAAAUACAACCCAGCGACAUGGUUCCGUUUUCCGAGUACUACAAUGGCAAAAUUCUAGAGUACAAAAUUCUAACCCAUCCGUCGCAUGGAAGUAUCAAAUCAGGCAAAUCUUCUAAGGUGAAUCGUUUCACGCAGAAGCAACUGGAAGCAGAUGUGAUCACGUACGUACACAACGGUAGUGAAAACUCCUCGGACACUAUUCAGAUGGUGGCACUCGGUAGGAACAAGGAGAGCGUACCGUUUAAUCUGAAUAUACAAAUAUUGCCGAUUAACGAUGAAGUUCCACUGGUGGUUACCAACACGGGAAUGCACAUGUGGAUUGGAGGAAAGUCGAUGAUUCAGAGCACGGAUCUUAUGGUCCAGGAUUACGACACGCCACCAGAAAAUCUUACCUUUCACAUCCAGCAGAUGGCCGGUGGGUACGUAGCGCUGAAGGACAGCUACAGUAGAAAAAUCCACUCGUUCACUCAGCAGGACAUCCUCCAAAAUCAGGUGUACUUUAUCCACGAUAGCAGCAACCAGAAUGGAAGGAUUGUGUUUUACGUAACGGAUGGACUACACAACACAACGGAACAUGUGCUGCAUAUCGUGACCAAUCCGGUGGCACUGGAGCUGGUAAAAAAUGAAGUCCUCCACGUGUUUCCUCUGACGAGAAAGCAAAUUUUGCCGGAUCAGUUGUACUACAAAUGCUCGGAUGACGAUCGGGACGUGAAGUAUGUGGUUACCGUUCCACCCCAGAUGGGCAGGUUGCUUUACGAACAUCAGGAGUAUGGGUAUACCAACGAAAUCAGUGAGUUUACGCAGCAUGACGUUGAGAACGGGAGGAUCUUCUACGAGCACACCCACGCGAUGGUGGAACUGAAAACCAAUGAUUCAUUUUAUUUUGAUGUUACAGCACCGUUGUCGAACAAUUUGAUCGAUCAAAUUUUUAGUAUUGACGUUUCAGUAUCAUCAGGAGGAUUGUUGAGGUUUCUACCGGUUCCUCGCAUCAGCAUCGACGAGGGCGAGUCGGCUCCUAUCAAAUUGGAUCUAUCUAAGAUUUUGGAAUAUUUAGAAACUCGAGCCGGUAUUCAGAAUCCAGAGUUGUACAUCGAAGUCUACUCUCCGUCCAAUGGGGUUGUGGAGUUGGAAGAUUCCAUUCCGGAUGUGAAUCGAUUCUCUUUGAAUGACUUUUAUACCAACAGAGUAAUCUAUAAGCAUGACCACUCUGAUACACUGGAGGAUAAAGUUGCCUUGGCGGUGUACUUGGUACCGGGACAUUUGUUCUUGUGCAAUAUUACCAUCCCGGUCACCGUCAAUCCCGUAAACGAUCAACCAUUUCAGCUGGUUACAGCUUCACCACAUAUUUCAGUAAUCGAGGGAGAGAACCAAACCAUAACAUCAUCCCAACUGUUGACAGAAGAUGCUGAUACAGGACCGAAAGAUAUCGUUUACGAUGUGAUCAGUGGGCCGAAUCUGGGAGUGUUGCUGAAGAUUUCUGAUGAAGGCUAUCCGCAAGAUAUUAUAACCUAUGGGAAUCAGUUUACCCAGGCGGAUAUCAACGAAAACAGAAUAAUUUAUACUCAUUCGGGAAACCCACAGUCGACCACAUUUUAUUUUAAGGUUUCCGAUGGAAAAUUCAAACCGGCUUAUGAAAUUUUCAAUAUAAAGAUUUUACCGAUUACAAUUCUACCAGGUUUCAACAGUCAGCCGAUCGUGGUACAGCAGGGUACAACCCUGGGUGUGCUGGAACCGAAACAUGUUUCCGUCGAUACCAACGUUCAGAAAACUCGAAUCGUAUAUAAUGUGACCAAAAAUCCUAUGGGCGGUAUUAUAAUCUCGAAUAAUAAGCCGGUAUUAAAAUUUACCCAGCGUCAGCUUGAGGAGGGCAAAAUUAGUUACAUGCAAACAGACACGACUCGGUCCAAUGAUACCUUCCAGCUUGAUGCCUUCAUUCCGGAUACGACCUCGGCCUGUCUGGUGGAGGUCAGUAUGAUUGUUCAGCCUUUCAUCAUUAUAAAUCCAAUCACAAUCACGCCGGGUGAACGAAUAAGGCUAAGCUCCACCUUCAUAUUCGAUAAUCCAGCCCAGCUAAAGUUGAAUCGUUACAAUCCUAAGAUAACGAUCACUCGCAGACCAAAGUAUGGUCGGUUGAGAAAAAUCGUCAGAAGUUCUGGACUGGAUUAUAUCGAGCAACCGAGUGACAAGGAUAUUUCAACUUUCACUUACAAGGAGCUGAAAAGUGGGGUAAUUUAUUAUGUGGCAAGAAAAUUCAGCCAAGACUUUCAGUCGAUCAAUGAUAAUUUCGAGUAUAUAUUAUCUACUAAGACUGCUCAACCCGGUCAGGGUACCGUUCCUAUAGAAAUUUACUCUCCGUCCCGUAAUUCUCAUGACAAUAAUGAUGUCGACAUUGUCACAGCCGAAAGCAGCCUCCCGUUCGACUAUCUAAUUGCGGCCUGUGCGGCGGCCCCAGUCAUUGUUAUCUUACUUAUGAUAUUAAUUUUGCUGAAAUGUCGCUCGAGCAGUUCCCAAAAAGAUCACCCCGACAAAGACCAUCCUCCGUCUCUGCCGCGUCCCCCGGACUUCAUGACCCUGAACAAUCGAAUGUAUACACCAUCCGAGAACGAUUCCCUUCCGGUGACUAACGCCUCCACUCCGCUGCCUAUUAUCAGCAGCAUUCCGCACUGCAAAGUGAUUCCAAUAGGCCUGGACAACAAUCUACAGCUAGACUCCGAUGCGGAUGAGGACAUGAUGGAUCUUCACGGUGAUUUGCUGCAAAACACAAACAAUCUCAACUAUCCGUACGGUGACGAAGGCGACGAAUGGAGUUCAUCCUGCGAUGUCGGCGCGGACGUCAACUAUUCAACAAUUGCACAGCAGCAACACGCCCAACAGCAGCAGCAGCUACUGCCGCAGCAACAUUUGCAACCAGCAUUGCAGUCACUACCAGGGCAGCAGAAAGCGAACCCGCUGCUGAGAAGAAACCAGUACUGGGUGUGAGAACUUGCCCUCCAGCCGAUAACGAACUGAUUGUACAGAAAAAAAACUGUGUGAUUUAUUUGUCUUAAUUAUAUACGAUACAAUCUAAAUUGGCGCGUUGUGUCGCCUUAGCUACGAUUCUCAUAAGUACUUACAGUGGAUUGAUUACUACUGUCUAAGUCUAAGUCUGACAAAAUUGUAGUACAUUUUUGUUUUUGAUAUUUACAAGAAAAAAUCAAAUAUCGCGUUGCCAUGCAAUUGUAGCCAAUGUUCUAAAAAAAGAUAGGAGAAUUAAACUAAUAUCAAUCGAAAUCGCAGCCAAACGAAUGUAGAGACGAAUCAAUGAAUGGGUAAUGUAUUUUGUGUCUGCUGAAAUUUUUGCACUGAGUGAAAUAAAUACUUUAUUUGUAAGGAACGUGAGUUUGGACUGAUUUCUCUAAAAACUUAAAAAGCC